AUGAUGCUUGACAAAAGAUCCCCUUAUCAGGAGGGAAGUCUCUGGUACUAUGCGCCCAACCAAGGAGCGCCCAUCUCUUUCGCAAUAAUGUUUGCUGUCUCUGGGAUGGUACACAUUUACCAAUGUUGCCAAUACAAGUCUUGGAAAGUGACCGGUCUCCUACCAUGGUCUGCUCUUCUCUUUACAGCUGGGUUCAUAACGCGUACUAUCGGCGCCUUUGGACAGUGGGGGAAUGUGGGUAUCUACAUUGCGAGCACCGUUCUGUUGCUGGCUGCACCACCCGUCUAUGAGGGCGCCAACUACUUCACUCUGGGCCGCAUCCUUUACUAUAUCCCAUACCAUUCGCCCAUUCAUCCUGGGCGCGUUUUCACCACUUUUGUGGCGGUUGGUGUUGUGAUCGAGGCUAUCACCGGCAACGGGGCUGCGCUGGUUGCCAACUCUGAGGCGACGGAAGGCAAGAGAAAGACAGGAGAGGGAUUGCUUAAAGCAGCUCUGAUCCUGCAACUUGUGCUUAUGGCUGCCUUUGUUGCCUUGGCUGCCAGGUUCCACUACAAUUGUCAUCGUGGUGGUGUCUUGAACAGCAAGAUCAAGCGGGCCUUGUACGUGUUGUAUUGCAGUUGCACCCUCAUUACUGUGCGCACGAUCUACCGGACGGUGGAAUAUUUCAGCGCCACGAGUCUCAAUAUCUAUAGUGGCGGCAACCAGAUUAGCCCAAUCCUCAAGGAUGAGUGGUUUUUCUGGAUUUUUGAGGCUGUUGUCAUGUACCUCAAUACCAUCUUGCUGAAUGUCUGCCAUCCGAUGCAGUGGCUCCCACGCUCCAACAAAAUAUAUCUUGCCACGGAUGGCGUUACCGAAAUCGAAGGUCCUGGUUAUGACGAUCACCGACCAGUCAUCUUCACCCUUAUUGAUCCCUUCGACAUCGUUGGUCUUAUCAAGAACAAAGGUAAACAGGAGAAGUAUUGGGAAGCUGAGACAGUCAGCAAGCUCAGCAAAGGUUCGCCUGGACCAUCUGCUGUGUAG